CGCGUAGCAUUCACGAAGGAAGUCUGACCUGGCAUUGAUCGCGAAGUACUGUAACCAGAGAAAAACAUCCAUCAUGGUCAUCGGAUUGCCAAAACAUCUGUCGUUUUGUUUGGAUACUGCUGCUGGAUGCACUUCGUAGUCCGAGCAUGUCACCAAUUUCCACCCGACGCUCCUUAUCAAAUACAAUGCCGCGAUCACCUUCCAUUCUUACAUCCUACCACGACGAAGACCUCAGCUCUCCCGACCCCCUAGCGAACUCAUUCGAAGACGGACAAACCGAAAACUAUGUGUCGCGCCCCAAGCGCAACUCUUCCCCAAGCAAAUACUGCGCUCACUCAAGAAACCCCUCCAGACGAGCUACCGGUGCAACUGUUGCCUCCUCAACAUUUUGCUCAGUAUCCGAGCAGAGCCUAAGUCCGUGGAAGAUCAAGGUCACAGUGGAGGCUGCACCCGAAGAUCCAGAAAUAGGCGACGUUGCGCCUCGAACAAUGACCCGAACAAUGAAAAUACCUCUGAGGCAAGACUCGUCACCUACGAAUAUAGAUACAUACAAUUCGAGAGGAAGAAAUACGGUUACUGCAUCUGGCAAGAGCAAGCGGAGUGGGACUCCUGUGCGAGGAGCAAGAAACACAAGUCGCUCACGAAGACAAAGCGUGACGGACCUGGAUGUACGGCCCCUCGGCGACGAUGCGGACGAAGACGACUGGCUGAGGCAGAAGAAAUCCCCACGGAAGAAGAGAGCUUCACGCGGCCGGAAGACUGAUGAAGCAGAUUCGACAUCAUCUCCUCUUAAGUCAGGGAGGAAGUCUGCCCGGGUUGAAGUACGUCAGGAUACAGAUGCUGAAGAUGGGAGUGAAGACAUCCAUCAGCAAGAGGCCACACCAGAUUCUGAAUCUCCAGAGUUGCGUUCCAUCGAUCUGAAUAGAGUUUCGGUUCGAGGAAGACCGGUUUCGAUGAAAUCUACAAAGGACUCUGAGCACGACUCUCACGACAACGACCCAGAUAAACAGCAAGCGCUACCCAAAGCGUCGAGGCAGAAGGGCAAAGAGGUCCGGAAAGUGUCAUCCAAUAGUGCACUAAGUUAUCCCACGCCGUCGCCUUCCUCAUCCUUUCAUGGUGAUCCGGAUGAUGUGGGAAAUGCCUUACAACAAGAUACAGAGGGCGGUCUGGGAGGUGAAGGGUUUGAUACUGUACUAGAAAGUGAGGGCUUCACAAUGAUUGAUCUUGACGCCCUGCCUUCGGCGAGACAAUUUCGCAGCAGUCCCGCCAUGACUGCCGAAAGUAAUCCUUCCAGGCCAGAAGGAGGGAACACGACUGCCGAGAUCCCGGAGACUACGCAGGCUUCAUCCAUGACUGGGGCCGUAUCUUAUCCUGCUCUAAAUGUUGACGAGAGUGAGAUUUCAAGUACAGUGCCGUCAUCUCCGCCAGUCAUUGAACGAGAGAAGAGUCUGUUACAAAUACCUUCUGCUGCACCGGCAGGGAUUCGAAAAGUCACACCACAGCCAUACUCAUCUCCGAAACUGCCUUCACCUCCCAGAAACGUUAAUCAACGGACUGCUAACCACAGGCACCGAGGAUCAGCCUCUGCGCUGUUUGCAGGCAUUGCUCUGCAGGAAGUCGUGUCUCCAGAACAUUCAGCAGGCCACCCGCCCUCUCAGCAGAAACCAAGCUCUACAAGCCAUCAAUCAUCAAGCCAUGAAGAUCACUUGUUCGAAGGCUUCGAUACCGGAACGAAACGUGAGCUGAGAGCUGGCCUCCGCUUUGGAGAAGAGCUUGCGAAGCGACAGUCAUCUGAUCCGGCCGAGAGAGAAUCUUCCAGUGAGGCACCUGCACGGAAGAGCGAGGUCACCGGGUUGGGCAUCUCUUCAAGGCAUGGACAAGUCAAAGCCCAGGCAGCAACUCAGGUAUGGAGAGGGGAAACUGUGGUCCAGCAUACACCGAUACAUACUUCGACUUCUAUGGGAGCAGAUCCGAGAAAGGGAAGCAGCAACGUUACACAAACGCCUGAAAGUCAAUCACUUAUGAAACAGAAGCCUGAGUUGCUUGAUACCAUGGCUCGGCGCGAACGUGAAUGGCAGCUCGAGCGUGAAGCGGUCUCAAGACAAAUCGAGAACGCGAGCGAGAGUCAAGUCAUCAUUAUCGACAGUGAUGAUGAGUCUAUGUUGCCAGCGAAAAUCCAAAGCACUGGUGAAGACGACCAAUUCCAUCAACUACAAGAGGAAGACGAAGAGGACAUUUGGCUGGCAGAGGCGAAGAAUUCUUCUUCGAGCCCGCCUCCUGCUCCACUACCUGAUCUACUCACGCGAAAUGAGCACCAGAAACAAGUCGAACCGCCCAAAGAAGUCAGUGACAAGCCUCGAAGAAGUCUCAUCCCAAGCCCAUGGAGGAGAGGUGAUGACAUUGCUCCUUCUGUUGAGCAAAGUACCUUUUUGUCCACGAAUGCGGACGAAAUGAGUGGUUUGGGAUAUUGGCAGGAACAAGAAAGCAAGAUCAAAUUUGGGGCUGGUGAGAUCAGAAGACAACAGCUUGGGCAGAGAAGAAGCAGUGGAACCUUUGACAUUGAUCUUAUGCUUGGUACGCCAAAGAAGGAAGAUGACCAAGAUAUGAGCUUCCCGAUGAACGAGGGCGAUGAUCAUCACGAACACUCGGGUGCGUCGGCUGUUUCUGAGGAUAUGAACGGGGUCAGCAACUCAACGAUAGAAUCAGUAGAUGUAUCUGUCGAUGCUUCGGAUCCCUCAACCUCUCUACACGAAGAAAUCCAUGAUAUUCCAGGAGUUGACGAUACACCGGCGGCACUCGCUACGCCUCCACUCCUUCAGCAACACUCACCAGACGCCGCACCUGUUCAGCGACCACCAACACCUCGGUCUGCGCUGAAGGGUUCCAGACAAACCAUUGGUCAGAUGACAGGUUUCGAGAGAGCUGAUACACCAACCAUUAUCAGAAAAGUGGUGUUUAGUGAAAGAUCAAGAGGUGUCGAUAUAGAUGGAAUGGAAAGCAGCUUCAGCAUGAAAACGGGCAGUGAUGAUACAACUCUGGGGGAGGCUGGCUUACAGCUGCGUCGCGAGCUAGAAGCUCAUGAGGAUGAACUCGAUGCUGGCCUCGAACCUGAUUUAGGCAAUGGCGUUGAGGAUGCCGCAGCUGAAGAUUCUGGUUAUACUGUGAGCUCGUCAACAUCAUCAGAACCAACGCCCACACCACAAUCUCAGUCGAUCAGGAACACUGAAUCAGCAGCAGUCGAGAUUCAGGAGGCAUCGUCAUACCUGAUCAGCAAUCUUGACGGCACAUUGAGCCCAAUGCAGCAGUCGCGCGAAGAAGCGAGGUGGGCAACGGCCAAAACAAGCAUACCUUCUACCGAUAGAAGGUCCAGCUCGACCAAAUUGAGCUCCCAAGCCAAGUCAAGGUUACCAUCAUACCUUCUUCCACCAUCUUACCCGUCAGACCCAUCACGACCCUCGUCGUCGAGACUUGGGCUUUCUGGGGAAUUCACCAACAGGCAUUUUCGAACCCUGCAUAUUAUAUACCGAAAAUCACUGCGGCCCAAAUUCCACGGACCGACGCGAGCAUCUAUCCGCCCUGACGUUCUUGCCCUCGAAGGUCGUGAGAUGGACAUUGAUGAGACGAACAAUGGGAUGGGCGAGUUGUUCACCUGGACGAUCGGACAAACCGAAUGUGCAGUGAUUGAGAGGUUCAUGCAAGAAGUUGAGUAUUCCAAUGGGUUUUACCGUGGGAAUGGUGCAGGAAGAGAGGACGGACCGCGAUGGGGAUGGAGUGCAGACCAGAUUGGAGAAUGGCUUUGUCGAAUUGUGGUUGGUGAAGUUGUUCGAGAAGAGGAGAGAAGGACGAAGGGAGUGAGAGGGUAAAAGGGAGGCCCGGUUUAGGAGUUUCUACGACAUGGCUGUGAUUUGUUGUUGUGUUUUCAAAAGAGCAAGCGGUUGUCACUUCAGCGAUUUCACUUCUUGACUUGGAGAUAUGAGGUUAUGGUGGUCUCUAUCAAGCCUUCCUUACAUAUUAGAAUCGUGUGCAUACCUAUGUAGUGGUGGCUCUAGUCUUUUACGAGACUGAAUGAACGAACGAAAAGUUCGAUACGA